GCCGGCACCGCCCCCGCUGCGGCGAGCGAGGGGCGGGGCGGGGCGCGAGGUAUAUAAGGUGAGGGGCGGCCACCGCUCUUUUGUCUCUUGCUGCAGCGACGGGAGCGGUCACUAGGAAUCUCGGCUCGGAGCGAAGACCAGGGAUUGUUUUAAGAAAAUGGCAGACAAGCCCGACAUGGGGGAAAUCGCCAGCUUCGAUAAGGCCAAACUGAAGAAGACGGAGACGCAGGAGAAGAACACCCUGCCGACCAAAGAGACCAUUGAGCAGGAGAAGCGGAGUGAAAUUUCUUAAGAACCUGGAGGACUCCCCACCCCCGUCAUCUUGGAGACUCCAGUCGUGAUGUGGAGAAGGAGCCACCUGCAAGAUGGACACGAGCGACAAGCUGCACUGUGAACCCAGGCACUCCGCGCCCAUGCCAUCGGCUUGUGGGUCUCCGAGGGGACCCCGCCUAAUCGGACUGCCAAAUUCUCCGGACUGCCCUGGGAUAUUGUAGAAAAUUAUUUGUAUGAUUAAUGAAAAUAAAACACACCUCGUGGCAUGGC